AUGCGGGUUUCUGGGGUGGUGACGAACGGGGAACGGGCCUUGACUCAUCUCUUUCGCAGAAAUCAACCCAGACCCUUUUACCCUCGCUUUGUUCACUCCCAGUCAACCAACCCUCCCAAAUUUGACAGGAUGACUUCUCUCGGCUCGGAAUGGACCGCUCAGCGAGUCCGAGACACCUUUUUAGAUUAUUUCAAACAAAAUGGUCACACAUUCGUCCCUUCCUCUCCCGUCGCUCCUUUGUCGGAUCCGACCCUUCUUUUCACCAAUGCAGGAAUGAACCAGUUCAAGUCCAUCUUCCUGGGCACUGUUGACGCCUCGUCGGAGUUUGGAAAGAUGAAGCGCGCAACGAACUCGCAAAAGUGCCUCCGUGCCGGUGGAAAACAUAACGAUCUGGAUGAUGUGGGCAAAGAUAGCUAUCACCACACCUUCUUCGAGAUGCUCGGCAACUGGAGUUUCGGUGACUACUUUAAGAAAGAGGCUAUCACAUAUUCGUGGACCCUAUUGACGGAAGUCUACGGGCUAGACCCCGAUCGCCUCUACGUUACUUACUUCGAGGGCAACGAAGCCGGUGGAUUGGAACCGGAUCUGGAAGCCAAGGAACUAUGGAAAUCGGUGGGCGUUCCUGAAUCUCACAUUCUUCCUGGGGAUAUGAAAGACAACUUCUGGGAAAUGGGUGACCAAGGCCCAUGUGGACCUUGCAGUGAAGUGCACUAUGACCGGAUCGGUGGACGCAACGCUGCUCACCUCGUCAAUGAGGACGACCCAAAUGUGCUGGAAAUCUGGAACAACGUCUUCAUUCAAUAUAACCGCGAGCCGGAUAGCUCUUUGAGACCGCUUCCCAACAAACACGUCGACACCGGAAUGGGCUUCGAAAGACUGGUAUCCAUUCUCCAGGACAAAUCUUCCAACUACGAUACCGAUGUCUUCACUCCGAUCUUCCAGGCUAUCCAGGAUACUACCGGAGCCCGGGAAUACCGUGGCAAAUUUGGCGCCGAUGAUGUUGAUGGAAUUGACACCGCUUACCGUGUUAUCGCAGACCACGUGCGGACUUUGAUGUUUGCUAUCUCAGAUGGUGUCGUUCCCAACAACGAAGGCCGUGGCUAUGUUAUUCGUCGUGUCCUACGCCGAGGAGCUCGAUAUGCCCGGAAAUAUUUCCAGGUCGAUAUCGGGAAUUUCUUUGCUAAGCUAGUGCCGACUGUUGUGGAUCAAUUGGGCGACAUGUUCCCUGAACUCAAGCGCAAACAGCAAGAUGUCAUCGAAAUCCUAGACGAGGAAGAGUUGUCAUUUGCCAAGACCUUGGAUAGAGGUGAGCGUCAAUUUGAGCAAUAUGCCCAACAGGCUAAGGUUAAGGGCACCGAUAUGCUCCAUGGUGCCGAUGUCUGGAGACUAUAUGACACUUUCGGCUUCCCUGUCGACCUGACCCGGAUCAUGGCUGAGGAACGUGGCCUCCGCAUUGAUGACGUCGAGUUUGAAGAGGCUCGCUUGAAGGCGAAGGAAGCUAGCAAGGGUCAGAAGAAGGCUGCUGAGGACACAGUCAAGCUUGAUGUUCACGACCUAGGCAAUCUGGAAAAAAUGAACGAUGUGCAAAAAACGGAUGAUUCGCCCAAAUUUGGCCGAGGUAACAUCACUUCCAAGGUCAAGGCUAUCUAUCACGGAAAAACUUUCCACAAUAGCACCGACGAUAUUCCCGAGGGAGCGCAGAUUGGCGUCAUUCUCGACACUACGAAUUUCUAUGCCGAACAGGGUGGUCAAGAAAAUGAUACCGGCAAAAUCAUCAUUGAUGGACAAGCAGAGCUUGAAGUUGGCGAUGUACAGUCUUAUGCUGGAUACGUUCUCCACACCGGCUUUAUGAAAUACGGAUCAUUCACUGUCGGCAACUCUGUCAUUUGCGAGUAUGAUGAGCUCCGACGCUGGCCCAUUCGGAAUAACCACACCGGAACCCAUAUCCUGAAUUUCGCUUUGAAGGAAAUCCUAGGCGAUGGUAUUGACCAGAAGGGCUCCCUAGUUGCCGCCGAGAAGCUUCGAUUUGACUUCUCCCACAAGAGCGCAAUCUCUGAUGCCGAGCUCGAGAAGAUCGAAGCCAAGGCGACUGAAUAUAUUCGACAGAACUGCACUGUUUACUCCCAAGACCUCCCGCUCGCCACCGCGCAACAAAUCACCGGCGUUCGGGCCGUAUUUGGCGAGACUUAUCCCGAUCCUGUUCGUGUUGUCUCUGUCGGUGUGGAAUUGGAGGAAAUCUUGCAGAAUAUCAAGGACCCUCGCUGGAAGGAAGUCAGCAUUGAGUUCUGCGGUGGAACUCAUGUUCAGAAGACAGGCGAUAUUAAGGAUCUGAUCAUCCUGGAGGAGAGUGGCAUUGCCAAGGGAGUUCGCCGCAUCAUUGCCGUCACUGGAGAGGAUGCACAUGCGGUGCAACGGGUUGCCGAAGAAUUCGGACAGCGCCUUGAUGGUCUGGAUGCAUUGCCUCUAGGCUCCAAGAAGGAACAGGAGGCCAAGCAAAUCCAGGUGGAUCUCAACCAGCUCGCAAUCUCCGCCGUCGUAAAGGCCAAGUUCCGUGAACGUUUUGCCAAGAUCAAUAAGCAGGUCCUCGAUGGCCAGAAGGCCCAACAAAAACUGGAAUCGAAGAAAGCACUCGACACCAUAAACUCCUACUUUGAGGCUCCUGAGAAUCAAGACAAGUCGUGGCUUGUGGUUGAGCUUCCUAUUUCUGCCAAUGCCAAGGCUGUCAGUGAAUCUCUCAACCAUGUCAAAUCAAAGUUGCAGGGCAAGAGCGUCUAUGUUUUGGCGGGCGACUCGGAACAGGGUCGUGUUUCACACGGAUGUUACAUCUCUCAGGGACUGAGUGACCAAGGUGCUUCCGCAAGCGAGUGGGCAGCCGUCGUCUCUGGGACCGUGGGAGGAAAAGCCGGAGGCAAGGGUCCUACUUCCAUUGGUAACGGUACCAAUCCUGACAAGGUCGAGGAGGCCAUCUCACUGGCUACAGACUAUCUGAGUAAGUUUAAGCUCUAG